GGCAGUUAAGUGGUGAGCUGCAAGAGGCCCGCGGUCCGGUGCCCUGGCCGGCCGCGACCGCAGCCUCACACUCACACAUACGCGCGGCUGCCCACAUAGGCGGCACAAAACCGGACGGCGGCGCCUCCAGCAGCUCCAGUCUGCGCGCAGCGGACACAGUCGCCGGCCGCGCCGCUGCCCCCUCCAGUUCCUCCAGAGUCCACCAUCCGGCGCGCCCGCACGCUCUCGGCGGCCAGCGAGCGACACCGUGCCGACCCACUGCCAGGGAGCCCAGCACUUGGCACGGCUUUCUCCACGCGCCGAGACCUCAACCUCAUUCCGAUAGUGCGUGAGACGGCGAUCCUCGCUGGACGGGUUUGGCGGUACAACCGCAGCAGGAAACGCGAGUGACGCCCACAUUGACGCAGCCUGUACGCACACACCAGCAGCUGAGAGCCAUCCAUUAAUAUGAAUUAUCUUUUGGAGCAUCAGUCGUCGAGACGGAGCGGGAUGGUGGAGGAGUCGCUGCCGGCCGGCCAGGCCGUGGAGAGCGAGCCCGGCGCCGGGGCCCAGCCGCUGGGCGCGCAGCACGACGGGCUGGACGCCGGCGGCGCCGACGUGGAGCCGGGCGGCGUGGUCGACUUCUACCGCGACUCGGUCGUCUUCAUCACGGGCGCCACCGGCUUCAUGGGCCUCGUGCUGCUCGAGAAGCUGCUGCGCGCCUGCCGCGUGCGCAAGGUCUUCCUCCUGAUCCGGCCCAAGCGCGGCAAGGACGUCCAGGCGCGCCUCGCAGACAUGCUCGCCGACCCGCUGUUCGACCAGGUGCGCAGCCGCGUGGCGAAGCUGGAGGAGCGGCUGGAGCCGGUGGAGGGCGACUGCGCGCUGCCUGGGCUGGGGCUGCGGGAGCAGGACCGCGCCGCGCUGCUGGCGCAGGUGCACGUGGUCUUCCACGUGGCCGCCUCGGUGCGCUUCGACGAGCCGCUGCGCUACGCCGCCGCCAUCAACGUGCGCGGCACGCAGGACGUCAUCAAGCUCGCCAAGGAGAUGCCCAACUUCAAGGCGUUGGUGCACGUGUCGACGGCGUUCGCGCACUGCCACCGGAAGCAGAUCGGCGAGGCCUUCUACAGACCCGGCCUACAGGCGCACCAGCUCUCCUCCAUCCUGGACUCGCUGCCCGAUGACAAGGUCGACGCCAUCAUGCGUGUAAUCCUGGACAAGUGGCCAAAUACUUACACGUACACAAAGGCCAUCGCUGAGGAGACGGUCCGCGAGGAGGCCAAAGGAAUGCCCGUCGCCGUCGUGAGGCCAUCCAUGGUGAUCUGCACGGCGGCCGAGCCGGUCCGCGGCUGGGUGAACAACCUGAACGGGCCGGCGGGCGUGGUGGCGGGCGUGGGGCUGGGGGUGCUGCGCACGCUCAACAACAACGGCCGCCUCACCGCCGACCUGGUGCCCGCCGACAUGGUCAUCAACGCCACCAUCGUCGCCGCCUGGGACGCGCACCGCAGGCACCAGGAGCGCAGCAAGCACGCUCCGAGGAUCGAGGAGGUGGCGGACAGCACCGCGGAGGCGACGGCGACGGCGGCGGCCCCCGACAGCGAGGAGCUGCCGAGCGACAUCCCGGUCUUCAACUACGUGUCCUCGGCGCGCAACCCCAUCACGUGGAAGCGCUUCAUGCACCUGAACGAGAAGACGGGCACGCAGUGGGCCAGCUUCCACGUGCAAUGGUACUACUGCCUGUUCCUCACGCGCUACGCCUGGAUGCACGCCGUCCAGAAGGUGCUGCUCCACCUGCUGCCCGCGCUCGUCGUAGACACCUGCGCUCUCCUCAUUGGUCGGAAACCCAUGAUGCUGAAGGCGUACCGGAAGAUCCACAAGUUCACGGACGUGAUUGCGUACUUCUGCACGCAGUCGUGGAACUUCCGUGACGACGAGACGCUGCGCAUGUGGCGCUCGCUGAGCGUGCGCGAGCAGAAGCUGUUCCCCUUCAACAUCGCCGACCUGGACUGGGAGGACGCGGUCGCCGGCUUCAUCCCCGGCAUGCGGCUCUACCUGCUCAAGGAUUCGUUCGACACGCUGCCCGCGGCGCGCAAGUACUACCGCAAGUUGAAGUGGGCGCACUACGGGCUAGUCACGUGCCUGUGGCUGCUGCUGCUUCGGAUGCUGUGGGCGAUCGUGUGCGUCUUCGUCUGAGCUCUGCGCCCGUGUGCUGACGAGUCCACAUGCGCACACCACUGCUGCCCGCCUCAGAUUUACUGGGAGCCCUGCUUAAACGGCUCUCGCCCAUCCUUCCAAGUUCUUUGUCAUUUUUGUUACACAUAUAACUCAGAUCCGCGAUGAGGGUAGACAGGGAAGACAUUCCAGGAUACAGGAAACUGCAGUGCCGUAUUAAGGGAAGGAAAAAAGAAAAGAGAAAACGCUACUCGAUAUACUUUCAAAGACAGAAGAAUGGACAAGUUUAACGUGCUUGUUCACACGAACACAUUUUUGCAGUGCAAAAACGUAUGCUCGAGUGAAACUGUUCAUUCUAAACAGUCUGAGAAAUUCUGAAAUGUGUGUUGUAGAGAGAUAAUGUUCUCUCGGUAUUUUAUAAACAUAAAUCUUAUGACUGACAACUGUCCAAUGUAUAUUUCUGUAAGAUAUUUAACAGUAGAUGGUAGUUUUUGUAUAAUGUAUAACCAUUGCAAACUUUACUCUGUUACAAGUUUUUGUCUUAUACAUAAACAGAUUUAUUUAAUGUGA